GCUCGAUGCAUCGAAUACGUGUCAGCAGGAAGAUGAUGACAUUUGACGUUUGCUUCGUGCGGCUCAUGCUUUUCCUCUUGCCGAGUCUAUUUGGAGUCAACGCGGAGCAUCUCCGAGCGGAGAACGUGCAUCUCCUCCCCGCUGAUCAGCAUCAUGUGGUCAUGAACUACGGAAUGAGAGUGCUACCGAGAGAUUGUCAUGAAAUGCUCCUGAGCUCUUCGGGUCACGCCAGAGAUGGUGUGUACCUGAUCCGGCCGGGGGAUUCCGCCAUCGUGGUGUACUGCGCCAUGCGGGAAGGAGGAUGGACCAUCGUGCAGCACAUCACCGUGAACAGCAGCGUCAGCUUUGACCGAGCGUGGGCCGACUACAAGCAUGGUUUUGGGUACGUCACUGGGGAUCACUGGCUGGGGAAUGAAUAUCUUCACCAGCUCAGCGCAGGCCCAGCACGCUAUAAGCUGGGAGUAAAACUUGUGGACCGUGACGCCGUGACAAAAACGGGAGAGUAUGACCCUUUCCUGGUGGAGGACGAAUCAUCGGCGUACAGGCUGAGGCUGGGUUUGUUCCAGGGCACGGCCGGGGACGCCCUCAUGCAGCACACCGAGCACUACCUGCACGAUAAUCAGAAAUUCACCACCAAGGACAGAGACAACGAUAACUACUUCCAGAACUGUGCCAAGUUGGAGUUUCAGGGGGUAGCCGGUGGAGGUUGGUGGUACGACGCCUGCGCUGGUGCUAAUCUCAACCGCAGGAAUGUCAUCUAUUGGCAAAAGGACUGCAACAAGGAGCGACUGUGCAAGUACGCAUGGAUGAUGGUGAAACCGUCAGAAACUGUUAAACCCGUUCAUUGCAGCGACUGUAAAAAGGAUGAGCUAUGAGGACAUUUUUAGCACGAGAUACAAGGUGGCGCCGAGCAACUGUCAAGCAGAGGUGGCAAAAAUUCUCGCACUCUGUCCAUACGUAAAUGUACAGGCACUUGGGUAGAAAAGACUGGUAUGAUUCAUCGCUUUAUGAAGGUCAAAGUAAAACAAUUAGAGACUCAGAAAUGUACAAAUGAAAUAGUAAAAAUGAAUACCUGUCAACUAGCUCGCACAAGAUAACACGCUUGCCAUCAAUCAUUCUUGUCGCUGACAACAUUAGGGGAAAAAAAAAAAAGCUUCUCGUUAUUCUGGCCAUGGAUGGGGAAUAGCUUGCUUUUCCAAGUUAGUCGCAUCAUCGUUGUUCAUGCUCCCCGGUUCACGUUCCGCUUUGUAGUUCAACCGCGGUUGACUUCACGUCUCUAUUUACAUUGCGUCGUCAACCGCAAGGGGUGAAAAAAAUAACAAGUCUAUUUUGAAAAAAAAUGAGAAGUAGAAAGAACAGAAAUCUACAGUAAUCUGAAUUCAAAUAUUGAAAUAAAAAUAAAUACUCAAGCUAAGUCGGUUACUGGGAACUAAAGAUUAACAGCUAUGCAUAAGACAUCAAGUCCCCAAAAAAUCUGCAGCACAUGGAUAUUUAUUUGAAAAAGCAUGAACACAGUUUCUAAAAUACAGAAGCAUAGCAGCAACAAAUAAAACAAUAAAAAAUUUAAAAACAA